GUAUCAUGGGCCUGUUACCCAGCAGCCCUUAUGUUGGCACCACCCCCACCCCCCCAUCCGGGUGCAGGUGAUACUGAGGAGACUCCACUUUCAUGAAGAUGGCUCCGACUUUGGCUUUGUUGCUCCUCUGCCAAGUGACUUUAUACACAACUGUAACAUCUAAGACAGUAUGUGGUCGCCCACCUAUCACUGACGGGAUUGACGAGACAACCCUGAAAAGAGUGUAUGAGGUCGGAGAAGGGGUGACCCUCACAUGUGAGAGGGGGUACUUGCCUUCAACAACAGCCCCUCGACGGAUAACCUGCACCGGCACAGGAGAAUGGACACAGUCAAACCUGGCAUGUUCCCCUAAGAUGUGUGCGAUCCCCAGACCCCUGCAGCCAUUAGCAAUGGGGAGGACAGAAGCUCCAUACAAGAGUGUGCUUAACUAUACAUGUGAUGAUGGGUAUGUCAUGCAAGGAGCCAAUGAAAGCAAGUGUUUACACGAUGGCACCUGGAGUAACCCACCACCUCUCUGCAAAGCUGUGAACUGUCCUCUGCCCACGCCACCUAGAGAUGGAAGAAUUGUCCAUGAUAAACCAGUUACUGGAAGGACCAUCAUGUAUGGGCAAAGCUGGACAUAUGAGUGUGACCGACCUAAAGCACCAAGUCAUGAGAGGGGAUCCUGCAGGGCUGAUGGGACUGCAACUGAGCCACCAGUGUGCCGAGAGGUGAGAUGCUCCAUUCCACCAAGUAUACCCAAUGGAGUCAUCACCUUUGCUGUGAUGAGACCUCAUGGUUACAAGGAGAAGGUCAAAUACGCCUGCAAUGAGCACUAUGUUAUGGACGGUGAGGCUGAGCUACAGUGCCAAAACACAGGAAACUGGUCUUCUAAGCCAGUCUGCAGAGCUCCCUGCACAGUUGGCAUCAAAAGAGGCCGUAUCUUCUACAAUGCCAGGAAGCUCUGGAUCGCAGACCUGAAACCCAACAGAGUCCUCCAUGGAGAACACGUGGCCUUCUAUUGUCUGAACAAAGCUGAGAGGUGUGGCUAUCCUGUGGUCAGCACCUGUAACGAUGGAACCCUGCCCAUCCCAGAGUGCUUUGAGGAACCAGGCAAGGUGGAGUACAACUUGAGGCCCAAAACCCUUCCAUCAGAAAUCACAAUGUGCGCUUCACCCACAGCAAGCCCCGUGAACCCCAACUAGACCUCGGCCAGAAUGACAUGAAACACCACGAACACUGACAGGAUAUGAAUCACCAGAUCAAGACUUAAUAAAUCUGUCAUCAAAUUUUAAUCUAAUAAUAAAGUGAUAGUUGUAAUUGUGAAUAAUAUAAUGAAAGUUUUCAGUAAAAUGGUGGUGUGGGACCUGAGAGAGUCGACAACUUGAAGAACCUGUGUAGCUUCCACACAUACAUACAGUACAUACUGUAUGUACAUACCUGUACCCAGGACCCAGGUUACAAUAAAAACUGUUUUAUCAUGACACAAA